AUGACCGUCACCCGCUCUUGCAGCCUGCUGGCGUUGCUCCUCCUGCUCCCGACCGAGGUCGUCGGAAUGGCAGUUCGGCCAAAGCUUACUGUCUUUCGGACCGGUCCACAGCUGCGGCCGCCUGCUCGAGAGACCCCCGCAGCAGACGCCGGCGCAAGAGACGUGAUGCUCAAGCUGUACGACAUCUCGAGCCCGCCGCUCGUCUCUGCCUUCCAGGCGCUUGCAUUCAAGGAGGGCUUCUGGUUCCCCAAGCUUAGCAUCGGAGAGACGUACGAUGGCAUCCUCGAGAGAGUGUCGGGAGGCAAGCCGCUGCGGACCAUCAACUGCGGCCCGACCAGCAAGUCGGACGCCCAGAUCGCGCAGAUCAUCGCCGAGAUGGGCGCCACCGACUACACGCAGGACCGAGACGAGUACUGCUUCUUCUUUCGAAACUGCAACCACUUUGCGCUGGAUCUCGCGGAGCGGCUCGCCGACGGCGGCGAGGCCGACGCGGCCUUCAUUGACGCGCACGUACUCCACGAGUCAGAGGCCAUACUGAGCGACUUGCCGCUCGGCGCCCUCCAGCAGACGCUCACGCGGCAAAUCACGCGGCAGGUCCAGCUCGUGGUGAUCAAGUCGUGGCGCAAGGAGUGGAAGCGCCAGCUCGCCGAGUACGAGGAGGAGCAGGGCAUCCCGCUCGAGGAGCGCAAGGUGUACGCCAAGCAGUGA